AUGAAGUUCGCUAUCGCUUUGUGCCUGCUGUUGGCCACCAGUGGUUUCGCCACCCUGAUUCCCACCCAUCCCGCCGAUCUGGUCUCCAUGUUGGCCCGCCAACAGUUCGCCGUGCGCUCCCUGAUGGCCGCCCCCGAGGCCCGCGAUGAGUCGACUCUGAUCAACGACUGCUUCAGCCACUACAUGGAUGACCAGACCAACGUGAUCAUUAGCUACAAUCAGCAGUACACCGGCUGCCUGAGGACCGCCCAGACUGGUCGGGAUGAGCUCACCCAGGAGAGUGCCGCGGAGCGCCAGGCCCUCCUGGAUCGCACCAACAAAAUGUGCACCAGCCUGACCAAGUGCGACGAACGAGUCGAUGGACUGGAGUUCUUCGACUGCUACCGCAAUGCCUCCUCUGACAGCUACAAGGUGAUGUUCACCCUGAACAGUGACUCCAGCCUGGACUUCAACCGCAUCAGUGCCAAGUACCAGGUGAUCGAGACCGAUCUCACUGACUGUGUGGAUACGGCUCGCGUGAAAUACGCUCACGAUAUGGACACCUGUGACGAGAGCUUGACGAUCUGCUUAAACGGAAAUGCUGAUGCCGAAACUACUUCUGCUGCUUCCACUACCACCACAGCUGCUCCCACCACAGCUCCAACUGUUCCCACCACUACUCCAGCUGCUCCCACCACCACUCCUGCUGCUCCCACCACCACUCCCACUGUUCCCACCACCACUCCAGCUGAGGUCACCACCACUCCAGCUGCUCCCACUACCACUCCUGCUGCUCCCACCACAACUCCAGCUGCUCCCACCACCACUCCAGCUGCUCCCACCACCACUCCAGCUGAGCCUACCACCACUCCCGCUGUUCCCACCACAACUCCAGCUGCUCCCACCACAACUCCAGCUGCUCCCACCACAACUCCAGCUGAGCCCACCACAACUCCCGCUGCUCCCACCACAACUCCAGCUGCUCCCACCACAACUCCAGCUGAGCCCACCACCACUCCCGCUGUUCCCACCACCGAAGUUUCUGAAGUCGCCACCACCGAGCGUUCCCCUGAGGAGGACCUCAACAGGUCUGCCGCCGUAGCUCACAAGAAUACUUGGGGCCUGUUCAAGCGCUUCUUCUAA